CUUUAGCAAGCGCACCUCUUUUAGACCGGGUUUGACAGAAAGAGUUUCAAUGAGUUUGAAAUGAAGUCGCCUUGUUGAGGACGUUUUCACCAUGCGUUCUGUGUUGCUGACGGUGGUGGGACUAUGGGGAUGCUUAAUGUUAUUGCAACCAGUGAUCCUCGCCCAACAAGCGAAGGGCAAUACCGGUCCGCGCCAGGACCCAGGUACCCCUGAUGAAGAUGGGUCCCAGAGCUCAUCACUUAACUCGGAAGUGUUUUACCCGAAGAAGUAUCUUCAUGAUAAUAAUGAUGAUGAUGAUGUUGGAUAUCACCCGAAAAAUCUCCACAAGAGAAGUGUGGACUCUAGAAGUGGAAAUGCAAUCUACGGAAUUAGUGUGUUUGGAAAGGAAAUGCUUGUGAAUCUGACAAGAUUCUCGGAGUUCCUGUACCCUGGAUUAAUAUUUCAGAGAACGGAAAUGAAUUAUUCGUGGUUUGAGGACCUCGCGGACAGUGGAUUGGAUAGAUGCUUUUAUUCUGGGACUGUGGACGGUAUCGAGGACUCCCAUGCUACCUUCAGCCUCUGCAAGGGAAUGAUGGGAAUGAUUCAUCUACCACAAGAAAAAUAUAUCAUCGAACCAUUAAAAAAUUCAUCUUCAACAAAUAAUAUGGUGCUGGAGCAUCGCCCACAUAUAAUUCAUAAAUACCCAAUAAUAAAUCAUCAGCACUCAACCACAGCAGCCAGCUGCACUGUUUCAGAAAAUUAUAAACACCAGAGAUUAAAGAGAGACACUAUACGAAGAUACUCAACAUCACAAUCAUCAUCAUCUUAUAAUGUAAAUAAUAAUAAUUAUGAAAAUAAUAAAAAUAAUGACAAUUCUAUAUACCACAAGCGACGGAAGCGAUCAGCAUCUUUAAAGAGAUUCGUGGAGACUUUAGUUGUAGUGGAUGAUUCCAUGAGGCGUUAUCACAAGGAGGACUUGAAGCACUAUGUGCUUACACUCAUGGCGAUGGUAACUAAUAUAUACAAGCAUCCGUCUAUAGGCAACUUUAUCAAUAUAGUGGUAGUGAAGAUACUAGAACCUGGACCUGCUGAUCUCAAGUUAAAAAUCACAGAAAAUGCAGCCAUGACGCUGAAGGACUUCUGUAAAUGGCAGAAGGAUGCCAAUGAACAGGAUGUUGACCAUCCAAACCACCAUGACACCGCCAUCUUGUUAACAAGAAAAGAUAUCUGUCGAGCUUUAGGAAAAUGUGAUACGCUAGGUCUAGCUGAGCUGGGCACUAUCUGUGAUCCAGUCAGGAGCUGUGCAAUCAUAGAAGACAACGGCAUCAGCGCAGCCUACACCAUCGCACAUGAACUUGGACAUGUGUUCAACCUUCCCCAUGAUGAUGACAAGCAGUGCCUGAGGUACCCACAGUCCAUCAAGUCCAAGAAGAAGUACCAUGUGAUGGCACCCACCCUAGACUACAACUCCAGCCCCUGGGACUGGUCUCCCUGCAGCGCCAGACUCAUGACGGAAUACAUUGAUGCAGGUCUAGCGGAGUGCCUCCUAGAUCGUCCACAGACCAAGAAAUUUCGGCGUGAAAUGACUCUUACUCAGCUCCAAUCUCCUGGCCAGCUCUACGGGGUUGACAAACAAUGUGAGCUGGUGUUUGGAUCAGGCUAUGUCCUCUGUCCUCACAUGCAAACCUGUGAGAGGCUAUGGUGCACCAACAAGACUUCGUCAGGUUGUCGUACCCAACACAUGCCCUGGGCUGACGGCACUGAGUGCAAGGAUGUGAGUCGCAACAAGUUGUGCCGGACACAGGGCUGUUGGUGCCGCAGUGGGGAGUGUGUUCUGCGGAUCCCCCUCAAGGCGCGCAAUGGAGGCUGGGGGAAGUGGCAGGAUUACGGCCCUUGUUCACGCACAUGUGGCGGAGGCAUCAAGACCAGCAUCCGACAAUGUAACAACCCCCUGCCCGACAAUGGCGGCAAAUAUUGUCUGGGGAAAAGAAUCAAGUACCGUUCGUGCAAUACCAAAAUAUGCCUAUCCAGUAAGCUUGACUUCCGAGAGGAGCAGUGUGCCAACUUCAGCAACAGAUAUCACAUCGAUGGCCUCCCUUCAAAUGUUAAAUGGGUGCCCAAAUACACAGGAGUCCAGAUGAAGGAUUCUUGUAAGCUGUACUGCCAAGCGGAGUCCACGUCCUCGUUCUACCAGUUGGCUGAGACAGUGAUCGACGGGACCAAGUGUCGGCCUGACACAGAUGAUAUCUGUGUUAAUGGAAAGUGCAGGAGAGCUGGCUGUGAUAAUCGUCUUGGUUCCAACAUGAAGCGAGACCGGUGCGGCGUCUGUGGCGGCGACAACUCCUCCUGCAAGUCUGAAAGGGGACGAUUCAACAACGCCAAAUAUGGAUACAACAAGGUGAUCACGGUGCCGAGUGGGGCGACCAACAUAGAGAUCCUGCAACAUGGGUACCAGAACACGAGCAACGACUGGAACUACCUCUCCCUGAGGAACAGCAAAGGGGAAUACAUUCUGAAUGGCGAUCAUAUUGUCCGCACACAGAAGUGGAGCAUCAAGGUACAGAACGGCUACCUGGAAUACAGUGGCGUCAACGUCCCCGUGGAGAGGAUCAACUCCACUCGUAUGAUCGGGGAGGAUAUCUCUGUCGAGGUACUGUCUGUGGGGUCCCUCCUGCCCCCUGAUGUCCGCUACACCUACACCGUCUCGGCGCCGAAGGACACCAAGUUCCGCUGGGACAACUUGGGGAUGUGGAAGCGAUGUAGUCACCUUUGUCAAGGUCUCCGUAAGCGGAAGAUCGUGUGUAUCCGAGAAAAUGACUUCCUGAUUGUGUCCAACAAGCACUGUGUGGGGAAGGCGAAACCCCCUCGUCUCCGCGACUCCUGCAACACGGAUUGCUACCUGAGAUGGAAGGUGAUGCGUGAGACGGAGUGCUCGGUUCACUGUGGCAAGGGGAUCAAGACAAGGACUGUCCACUGUGUCAAGGAGACCAACAAGGCCAGCCACACAGUGGAUGACCGUCACUGUCGCCAUCUCGGUGCCAAGCCCCACACAAACAUCAUGUGUGAGGGGAAGUGUUCUGCUACGAUGUGGAACUAUGCCUACUGGUCCAAGUGCACCAAGACGUGCGGUGGUGGGAAUCAGACGCGGGAGGCGCAGUGCGUCAAUGAGGAUGCCCAUGUUGUGGACAACCGUCACUGCGAGGACAAGCACAAGGAACCCCUCGUUCAGUCCUGUAAUGAGGUUCCCUGUGCACAGUGGAGAUCAGGAGCUUGGACUGGGUGUUCUGUGAGCUGUGGGAGUGGCAAGCGGCACCGUGAUGUAUGGUGUGGGCGUGGUGAAGAUAAGGUGGAGGAGCACCUGUGUGACAAGAAAAAUAGACCCGAGUCCAAGAAGGAAUGUCUCCUCGAGGCGUGUCCAGAGUGGUACGCUGGCGGCUGGGGACCGUGUUCGGUCACAUGCGGGGUUGGGGAGAAGAUGAGGACAGUCAUCUGCCGGACCUUCACCGGCAACAUUGUAGAGGAUGCUGUGUGUGAUGCCAGCAAGCGACCUCGAGACAAGAGCCAGUGUUACAUCGGGCCCUGCCCCACCCUGUCCCCACCCACCACACCAACUACGCCCUCCUACCUUCUCAACUCCCACUGGAGGUUCGGUAUCUGGACAGAGUGUUCCACAACAUGUGGUCCUGGAGUGCAGCAUCGCUAUGUCAGCUGCAUGAACAACCGCGGCCACAUCAUGGACAACACCAUGUGCAACCCGCACCACCGCCCCGCCAGCAAGCAGGACUGCAACAACAAGGCUUGCGGUAUCUGGAGGAAGGGCGAGUGGAGCACUUGUCCUGUGACAUGCGGCACUGGCUCCCAGACCCGCUAUGUCGCAUGCAUCGUCCUCGACAACGAAACCUCCAACCAGAAGCACAUGGCUGACUACAUGUGUGACGCUGAUUCGAAGCCUGAUGCCAAGAAGAACUGCAACAUGGGCGACUGUCACUCCAUCGAAGAGUUAGACAUCGCAGUCAUCACCAGCAACACGGUGGAGAAGACUAGUCACUGGAGAGUCGGGCCAUGGGGACCGUGCUCAACGACAUGUAACGAGGGUCACCAGGGUCGGCUGGUGGUGUGUCAGGAUGAGAACGGACCCAGCGAUAGCUGCGAUGAGAGAGUCAAGCCAGACGAGAGGAAGAUCUGCAACAGUGGACCAUGUCCAAGCUGGAACCAAGGACAGUGGGCAGAGUGUUCUUCACCGUGUGGAUUAGAAGGUCAACAGAGCCGAGCCGUUCGGUGCCAGCUGCCCAACGGUCAGAUUCUGGCAGACUCCAACUGUGACGUAUUUACGCGACCAACUGAUGCUCGUCUGUGUUCUGGGGAGUGCAACAGUUCCUCCAAUCAAUGGCGAACUGAGCCGUGGUCCUCGUGUUCUGCCACCUGUGGUUCUGGCCAGAGACAGAGGGUGGUGGUGUGUGUAGACCAGGCUGGAAACACCCAACCCACCACCACCUGCAGCAAGAAGAUGCCUCGCAACACCAAGCGAUGUGCCCGAGGUCAUUGUCCCCACUGGAACAAGGGGCGAUGGAGCAAGUGCUCUGUAUCAUGUGGUGUCGGGGUCAAGCGAAGGGAGGUCAAGUGUAUGAUCAGCCGACGUGACGUCGUGGACGCAGAACAGUGUCAGAACGCAACCAAGCCUCAAACCACCAUAAAGUGUCACAGAAAGACUUGCUUGAAGUUCAAGUGGAAGCCGGGGAUAUGGUCAGAGUGCUCCAAGACAUGUGGAUUCGGUCGGAAGGAGAGAUCGGUCACAUGCACGGACAGACUGGGCACGGCCGUGUCCUCUCACCUCUGUGACAAUGACAGGAAGCCGAAGGUGCGGCGGCGAUGUAGCGAGUUCCCAUGUCCCUUCAUCUGGAACACGGGGCCGUGGAGCGAGUGCACAUCGACCUGCAGUGAGGGGAAGCAGAUCCGCACUGUGGUGUGUCAGUCUGUCACGCGGGAGGGCUGGAUACUACCAGGUCAGGUACCCCACCGCUGUCCAAUCACUGAGAAACCCACACGAGUCCGAUACUGUAACUAUGGCGACUGUAAUGCUGAUUACAGAUGGAGGGUCGGACCAUGGGGACAGUGUACUGUACGCUGUGGCCAUGGGAAGCAGCGGAGGAUGAUCAAGUGUGUCGACAAGAAGGGGCGCCGCAAGUCCAAGCGGCGUUGCGUGCGACUGUACCGCCCCGAGUCCAGCAGGGCCUGCUACAACGGACCAUGUUACGCUAGAUCAUGCAAGGAGCUAAAGGAGAUCACCACGAUCCGGGUGGACGGGGAGUACAAGCUGAUGGUGGACCGGAAGCUGAUCACAAUCUACUGUAAUGACAUGAGGAAAUCCCUUCCCCACGAAUACCUGACACUUCCCAAUGAUCGCCACCAGAACUAUGCCGAGAUGUUUGACCACAGACUACGGAACCCAGCAUCUUGCCCCAACAAUGGCACACGCCCCCAAGUCUGCACCCGUUGCCGACGGAAACCAUACAAACAAGCAGGCAGCACAACUUACUCCAAAGUCAGAAUAGACCUAAACACUUUAAAAAUAUUACCUACUGAUGGGACCUUCAGUAACGUCCACAGUGGGAAGCUCAUUCCAUAUGGUACAGCAGGAGAUUGCUACAGCUCAAAGGCCUGCCCACAGGGCCUCUUCAGCAUCAACCUGACUGGGACCGGCCUGACAGUGUCCGAGAACACAACAUGGACCCUUGAAGGGAACAAGGCAUCACAGAGAAUAUGGCGUCUCAGGGAUGGAGAGAUUAUCCGUGGUGUAUGCGGGGGUUACUGCGGUGUGUGUUCCCCCGACCCCCGGACAGGCCUCCACUUACAGGUCCUUCACUGAACUUAGCUUGGCGACAGUUCACCAACCACUCUCUCACUGUAAAUAUCACCAAGUACAAGUUGCCAGCAAGCAUAUCUGUACAACAUGGACCAAGGUAUUUAUUGGAUGUAUCAGUCUCUCCGUCCACUACACUUGGGGAGUUAACCCUAAAAGGGUUAAUAGUAUGCAGCAUUUGGAGGGUUAACUCACAUUAGAAGCAUUGGAUAGAGUUACAGGGAGACCCCAAGGAUAUCAACACUGAAAGUGGUACCUCAGCCACAGGAAGGCCUUGAUAUCAACAGUGAUCCGGAAAUCCAGCCACAGGAAGGCCAUAUCAACAGUCAUCUGGUACCUCAUCCACAGGAAGGCCAUGAUAUCAACACUGAUCCGUUACCUCAGCCACAGGGAGGCCAUGAUAUCAACAUCGAUCAGGUACCUAGGCCACGAAAAGGCCAUGAUAUCAACAGUGAUCAGGUACCUCAGUCAUCCAAACCACAGGAUAUAUCCUAGUACCCCUGCCAUGGGAAGGCCAUAGGAUAUUAACAAUAAUCCUGGUACCCAAACCACUGAAAAAACAAAGGAUAUUGAUCCUUAUGGUACCCACCACACAAGAUACCAAUGGUGCCCCAGGUACGUCAGCUACAGAAGAACACAGUAUAUCGACUGAGCUGCUCUUACCCUAGCCACAGGAUAUCCACAGUGCCCCAUAUCCAAGCCGAAUGAAAACCACAUGCUAGAAGCAGUGUUCAUGGUAUCAACAAUGAUCCUUUUACCCAAGUCAUAGGAUAUCAACAGUGCCCCUGGUAUCCCAGCCACAGGAUGUCAACAGUGCCCCUGGUAUCCCAGCCAUAGGAUAUCAACAGUGCCCCUGGUAUCCUAACCACAGGAUAUCAACAGUGCCCCUGGUAUCCCAGCCACAGGAUAUCAACAGUGCCCCUGGUAUCCCAGCCACAGGAUAUCAACAGUGCCCCUGGUAUCCCAGCCACAGGAUAUCAACAGUGCCCCUGGUAUCCUAGCCACAGGAUAUCAACAGUGCCCCUGGUAUCCCAGCCACAGGAUAUCAACAAUGAUCCUGAUAUCUGAGAGAUGUGUAGGGACCAAGGGCUAUUUUAAGAAAAACGAGUAAUGACAUAAUUGAUGUCAUGUGACCAAAAGGUUCAGAGGUCAUAUGGCUAUAAGAUGCAGGGAGUCACAUGACUGUUUUGCACAGUCUGUACCUGAAGUAUCUCUGAGAUAAACCAUACAACAAGAUAUCACAUGGUUUCAGACAAUGGAAUUAACAGUGUGAGGAUUGUUUUAGUGUAUUCAAGUUAAGGUUGUGUUACAAGUACCUGUACAAUAUUUGAACUGACAUGACUAUGGCCAUUCUGCUUGUGUUAUGGCUUGUGGUAAUGAUAUUGUCUUACCACAGGUUUUACUUCAUGUAUCGCAGGGAAAUGUGGUACUAUUUGUGUCACCACUAGUUUUACUGCAAGUGUUGAAUGUAUAAAGUGGUACUACUUGCAUUACCACUAGUAUUACUGCUUUUAUCACAAGUAAAGGGUGGUAUUACUUGAGUCACCACUAGUAUUACUGCUGGUAUCGCAGGUAAAAAGUGGUACUACUUGAGUCACCACUAGUAUUAAUGCUGUGUCACUCAUACAAAGCCGUACGACUUAUACCUCUGCUUGUGUCACUUGCUUGGCACUACUUGUAUUUAAGAGAAUUCAUAUUGAAAAAAACUAUGAACUUAUUCAGACAAUGAUAUCUGUAAAAAAAAAUAUAAGAAAUAGAAACUAAAUAAUGUGACAAAUUACCAAGAAAUAAUUUGAAGCUGAUUUAAGUCAAAAAGAAUAUUUAUGUCCUAGAAUUAUACAACGUUUUCACUGAUACUCUUUUGAUAAGCAAACAAGAAACAGUCUCCAUAUUGCUUGUAUUCUAGUUGUUGAUCUUUCCCAAUCUUAUUUUGUGAUGUUUUGUAUAUUUUGAGGGGAUGACCUCUUAAUAUUCAUGGGGAUUUGGACUUCAAGAUAUAAAUUUAUCUUCUAAAAAAGUCCAAAAAUAUUUUGUACCCCAUAACUCAGCUCAUCCAGCAAUUCUUAUGAAAUGUUCACUUUGUUUUAGUAAAAUUUUAGGACAAAUAAAUUUUCCUCAGAAUUUUCAAAAACAAAUGAACAAAUUGCCUUUCCAAACAAAACUUUAUCCCUGUACUUCCUGAAUAUCAAAAGAUGAUUCCUAAGCAUUUUUGUCCAGGAAUUUCAGGAUUAACCCUUCAAGUGCUACCAGUACUCCGCAAGUGUUUGUGUUAGCACUCUAAAAGGGUAAUAGUCAUGCAACAAGUGCAAUAUCACUCAUAUUUAUGAAUGCAUUGAUAUUGGAGCAUCAUGUGUUCACAAUUGUCCGAAGGGUUAUCAUGUCUUACAAUAUUUUACAAACUGAUUGAUGUGAUGAAACACACUCAUAACAAACAUGUAUUGAACCGUCUGAGGUAAUAAUGAUCUCAUCUUAGAUCAUAACAAACUAAUUACUUUGAAUAAUCACUUAAUUAUAAGAAACAAUUUUUUUACAGGUAUGGGUAAUAUCAGUUUGUGAAUUACCUCCCUUGUCUAAACAUGGCUGUUGUAGUCUUAACAGUAUCACAAAUACUUUAAAGUAAAAUACGUAUCUUUAAUUGUAAUGUUCUGUCAUGUGAUGGAAUUUUUUGUAAAUGUCUCAAUAGUUCAGUCUUCAAAAGAAACAUUUUCUGUCAAAAAAAAGGCACUUGACAUCCACAUUCAAAGAAAAUAAAAAUUGUUUUGGUAAUAUGUCAUGCCAAGAAUCUCAUGCAAAUUUCGGAUGUGGCUAGUUUCAAACAGUAAUGGGGUGGACUUUUUUAAGUUUGUGAUUAAACCUUUUAUUCUUUUGCGAAGUCCAUUCUUGAUAUGGAAGUGAUGCUCGUUAUAAGCGGCGCAUAAUGGGAUCAGAUGAUCGGACUUGCUGAUUUGGUUGAUGCUUGUCAUCAUGAAUGUCCAAGUCGCACAGAUCAAUACUUAUUAUGUCAGUCACUGGAUUGUCUGGUCCUGACUUGGUUGUUUACAUACUGAUGUAUAUGUAUUGGUGCUGACUGUAGCAUUAAACAAAAAACAAACAAACCUUUACAUGGCCGGACUAUUGUUUGAAGUUAUGUAAAAUCACAGCCACUCACUACUGAAAGAUCAGCAGCACACCACCAAUACAAAAAUGAUUCUUACAAUCUCUAAAAAUUCUUGUGAAGAAUGUUUUGGUAAAUAUUUUUUCAAGGAUGAAUUAAAAAGUGUGUAAUUAUUCAACAACGGUUUCACGAAUCUGAACUUGCUUGCAAGUCAACCAUGAAAACAUGAUAAUGUUUCCCUGCGUACUGUUUGUCAUGCAAAGCAUAUUCAUAUUUACUUUGACAUUUUUAAACUUUUAUGUUAUCAGGUCAAUGUUAUAAACAUGAGAUUUAGUUUUUAAAGCAUUCUUUUAUAUAUCUACAUGUCAGCAUUUAUAUUCUUUCACUCAUUCUUAUAUGUUUUGUUUGUGUCAUUUGUCGUGUUUAUUUGAAAUGUUUUUUCCAUGGCCAGACCAUUUGUUUCUUUCAUUUUACAGGCGACCCUGCGGUUUAUUCUACAAAUGUUCAAUAGAAAUCAUUUGAAAUUUUUGCAUUUUAUAUUAUGCUUAAUUUUCAACCUUUUUUCAAGAGGUAUUUUAGGAAAUUAAUCUCACAACCUCCCAAAUUUCUUUGCUUUUAUAUAAUUUUGUAUUUUAACAAAUACUUUGAGAGAAAAAUGAUCUGGUCCUUACAUUAUUUUGUCCAAGCAUAAAUCCAUGUACUAGUAUGUCAUAAAAGCAGCGUAACACCAUCUCUAUCUCAUAAUGGUAUAUUCCAUUUUGUCACAUCACUGGAACUAUUCAUGAUUAUUCUCACCUGCUAUGAGAUAUGUAAAAAAGAGAGAUUUUUGGAUAUUCCUUAAAAUUCAAUGACCACAACAGUAUAAAGAAUUCUGUAGGAAAUACCAAUAUUUCUUUCUGGUGAACUGAUAGGCUACAUGUCAUUUUAUAUAUUAUCAUAUUGAAUGAAAAUGAUUGAAAUGUAACAAAUUUAUUAAGAAUAUAUUUGGUUUUGUUUAUUAAGAAAAGAUUAAUUUGACCUUAAAAGCAUGUAUACAUAAAAAAAUAUUGUCUGUCUGUUUACUUAGAUCAGGCACUCUCAUAAUAUGAUGUAUAUAAUCUCAUUGUAUGUAUAUUUCUGUGUAUAACUAAAUGGUGAGAAAGUAGUCAGCAUGACAUCUUCUAUAAUCCAGGGUAUUAGAGAUAUACACCCUGGACAAGUGAGGAUGUCCGCACUGUAAUUAUGAGUGUAUGAUCUCACAGCUCUAGAUGUAAUUGUAUAAAACCAUUAUUCUUAGUAUAUAUUUGUACAUUUUAGUGUAACUUAAUUAUGUCCCAUCAAAUGGAACCUCUUCGGUAUUCAUUAUUCUGUUGAGAAUGGAUUUUCUAUCAUCUUAAUAAUCUUGCCAUACUAAAUCUAUUAACUCACCAUAUCACAGUACCUCAUUGGUGGCCACAAGAGAUGAUUAACUCUUUCACCUGUCUUGUGACAAUGGCUUGAUGCUCACUCUAUCAACCACUGGUAUGCCUAGUCAAGGCUUUCAUGAGAUCAGGGCUCCUUUCCAUAAAACGAUCGUAGCGCUCAGAUUAUCGUAACUCCCAAACUUUAACAUAGACUUACGACUGUCAAAGCUCUA